AUGCUUUACUCAUUGCGAGACUUGAUGACUCGCUCUCACAAAAUCAACGACCGUGACCACGUUGGCCUUGCCAACGGCACCGCUUCCCCUCAGGAGCAUCUCCCUCGCUACUUCGCCAAAUCCGGAUUCAAUGCCAACAACGAUCCCAACAGAGUCAAGAAGUCCGGCAAUGGUAAAGGCAAUUGGGGUCGUCAUGGAGAAGAGCUCGAGGAUAUGGACGAUGUCUACCGCCCUAGCAAGCCUCGCCGCCGCAGCAAUGCAUCCGCUCAACUUCUCGAUGCUAUGACAUCCAAGUUCGAGGUCACUGAGGCCGUUCCUAUGUUCAAGCAGAAUGUCCAUGGUCCUUCGGCAGAUGACUAUGCCGCUCUGGAGAAGACCAUUUCCAUGGAGUCGGCUCCCAGUGAAGCUGGAACUACUACUUCCUCCGAGGGUAGUGAUGAAGGGAUGACCAAGUAG